AAUAUCAGUGCAUGUAACCCAUAACCUAAGGACGUGACAACAUAAUAAUUAUUGAUAAUUAUUCAAAUAAUUCCGUACUGACGACGAAUGUAAAUAUGUACAUAAAUAUUGAUAUGAAAAUUUAAAUUUGAAAUUUUGCAAGAUAAUCUGAAUGUCGUAAUCCUGAUCCUAAUCUAUGUUAUAGAGGAAAUCCAUUUCACGCGUAGUUAUUAGCUUUACAAAAAUGUUAGCUUUAUCAGUUUAUGUUGCUAUUGUUAUAAUACUAGCAGGUAUUAGAAAGUUUCAGGAGAGCAAGUGGUUAAAGUGUUUAAACAAUAUUAAAUUAAGCAACAAAAUAGUCAUCGUGACCGGAGCAAAUUCUGGAAUUGGUUAUGAAAUUACUAAAGAAUUAGCCAAAAGAGAGGCAGAAGUAGUUUUAGCAUGUCGAAAUGUACAGGCUGCUCAAGAAGCUAUUUAUAAAAUAAAACAGAUUUAUCCUAAAGCAAAUCUUGUUCCUCUGGAAUUAGACCUGAGUUCUCUCAAAUCAAUUAAAUCUUUUAUUGAAGAAGUAAGUAGGAGGUACAUGCACAUUGAUAUUUUAAUUAACAAUGCAGGAGUUUCAUAUCCUCCAUCAUGUAAUAAAAAAACAAAAAAUGGCUUUGAAAUACAUAUGGGUGUAAAUCAUUUAGGUCAUUUCUAUUUAACUACAAGGCUUUUACAUAAACUGGAAGAAGUUGAACAAAGUCGUAUAGUGGUGAUUACUUCAAAACUUCAUGAGAAAGGAGUGAUUGAUGUAGAAGACCUAAACAAUGAGAAAAAGCAAUCUUCAACUUUAUAUGCAAAUUCAAAGUUGGCAAAUGCAUACUUUAGUAGGGAGCUUUCCAAAAGAACCAAAGUGAACACAUAUGCUUGCUGUCCAGGAUGGGUAUAUACAAAUCUGUUUAGACACCAUUCUAUUCCCUGGUACAAAUAUAUUUUCAUUCUACCAAUUGCUUGGUUAUUUUUGAGAAGCCCAGAGCAGGGUGCUCAAACUCCAAUAUAUUGUGCAACAGAGCCCAAUUUAUUAUCAGAAAGUGGUUACAUGUAUAGAGACUGUCAAAAAUACAAAUCUAGAGUAAAUUUUGAUGAUGAAGUUUCCCGAAAAUUGUGGGAGAAAAGUGAAGAGAUGAUAGAAGAUAAAAUUAAAGAAUUAAAUGACUAGUUAUAUAUCAUUUGUCUAUAUCUUUAUAUUUCCAAAUUGAAUAAACAGCAUUCGUUACAUUUA